AUGACUGGUAGUCAGACAGAGAAAAGUGAGAGCAGUGAAGAAGGUAAAGAAUCAGAGGUGAAGUCACAGGCAGUGGUAAAAUAUUCUGAAUACCAAAAUCCAGUCAGCUAUGCUCAAUUGGACCCUGAAACAAAUUUGAAUCUCCCACCAUCCAAUUGGCUGCGGACCAACCGUCAAUAUCCACGUGGCAUUGUGCCACAUUUUGAGAAAUCAUCUGAUUUCUCCAGCUGUGCAUUGGCCCACAACUUCCUUGACUACAUUGGGGAUGUAGAUGUUGUCUCAGAUGCAGAAAAUAUCAAAAAGCUCCUCAAGAUGUCAUAUAGUAAAGCUCCAGUGAGCAUGAUGGUGCAUCGUGUGGGCAAGACCCUUUUAUUGGAUGAGUUUGACAUCAAUUGGCACCUUCUCCGAACAGCAGAGACUGAAUGGGAGUGGCUUCGAAAAUUUUACUAUGAACAUGUACUUAAGAGCUUGGAGGAAAAGCUGCUGCCACCUCACACAAGGCAGUUGUGGCUUCAACGAAGCAAGGCCUUGCUGCAGCGGUUCAGGGCUGAUGACAUCAACAAAAUCCUGUUUUCCAAUGAAAAAUUGUUCACCAUCCAGGCUACCUCCAAUCAACAAAAUGAUUGGAUCCUUGCGCUACGGAUCUCAGAUGUCUCACAUGAUAUGCUAAUUGUGCCUCAUUCACAACACCCCCAGUCAGUUAUGGUUUGGGCAGGGGUGUCUGCCAACAGUCGCACCAAUCUGGUUUUCAUUCCUGAAGGGGUCAAGAUCAACAAAGAACUCCCCAGCUUGGAGACAUCAAGAUUCUCUCCUCAGCUGGUCAGGGAUGUUGCCCAAAACAUCCUUACAUUUCUCAAGUCAAAUGCAACUAAAGCAGGCCACACUUACUGGCUAUUCAAAGGUUCUCAAGUUACAGGCCCUCAAGGAUCUGGAAUUCUAGGCUUCCAUGUACUUGAACCACAGCCAUAUCUUGAAAAGUGGAAUGAACACAAGGGAGGUCUUCCCGGACGUGCUGAUGCCGGCACAGACCAUGAUUCUGUCCGGGUGCUUUCUCUUCAGGUGGAAUUUCUUGUUUCCAGGGAUAGCCUUGAUGUUCUUGGUCUCCACCCUGUUGUUCCUGGGGUUCUAGACAGCCUCAACGUAGUUGCGGGAACAAUCCAGCCUCUUCGGCUUCUGGACAUCAGUCAGGAGUUGCCGCUUUUACAUGGAGUAGGACAUCAUCCUCAGAUCCUCAUGCACGAUGUUCUUCACUGUCUUGGGAUCAAUGCUGGCCUCCCUGGCCAUCUUCCUGAAGGACCUUUGGGGUUGUCGGCAAUCUUGUUCCGGAUGCUCUUGAUCAUCUCUGGCACCGUGUCUUGGGUGGCCUUCAGGUUCCUCAAUUCCUUCACGAUGUCCACUGGGCAGUUUCCGGCCUUGUACCUCUUCACAAUGAUCAUGUACAUCUCCGGCAUCUUCAGGGUUGCUGAGAAUAUGCAUAGAUCUGAGGAGAAUCGUCGGAAGACAGCAACCAUAUCUACCCUGUUGCGGAAUUGUAUCUCGCUUCUUAAUCCUUCCAAGUAUCCAAAAAUGAAUUCCUAUGAUAUGCAGGAGGUGGCUUCAGCAUACUACAUACUUUCAGACAUCUACCUUCCAGACAACAUCAACCCUAGAAAUCCAGAAUUUGAGGAUCAGUCUGAGGAUAGUGAAGUUGAAGAUGAUGAAGAGGAUGGCCCAAGUAGCUGGCCGGAGAGAGAGGGUACUGAGAUGUGUAGCAGUGUAGAUGUGAAAUCUCUUUGUCUCAGUCGCUCAAUGUCUCAUGAAGAAGCUAAGUUUCAUGUCGUCCCUGUGACUGAAAGUGUUUGUGAGAGGUGCCAUAUAACUCUAUCAACGAUUGUCGAGGGACUUGAGGUUCUUCAAGGCCCUGUGAAGGAUUCCUUCACUACCAAGGGCAGUGGGAUGGGUCAUGGGGACUCUUGUGACUAUGAGACUGAACGUUGUAUUCCGAGGCCAUGGGAGCCUAUCCCCAUGCCAUAUUGUCGACUGGCUGAUGAGAAGAGAGAUGAGGAUGCUGUUGAAGUGCAGGCAUUAUGUCGGGCACGAUCCCGUCCAGCAUCUGAGGCUCGGCUCUCAUUCCUGGUCCCAUUUCAGAAGCUCUCCUUUGACCUCUCUACGUCAUGGCAUCUUCAACUCACAGCUUUAUUAUGGCAGAAGGCAUCCACUGCUUACCUCACAUUAGGAGAGCAGGCUCAAACACAACUGCAGCAUGGGGCUGCUCUGAAGUUUGCUCAGCUGGCAUUGAGAUGUCAUGAGGUGCUGGUAAGCAUGGUGGAGCCAUCACAAGAUGUGUCAGGGAUUCGGGCACAAGCUCUUGGAAUAGCAGGUGAUGCAUUUUGCCUCCUUGUUCAAAAUUGGGGAAAGGUGGAAGCAUCUCAGCAUUUCCUAGACUUCUCCAAUAUCUCCUCCUCUGACAAGAAGCUUCAGGAAUUUGCGACCAUCAUCAUCUCUUCAUCGUCAGAAAAUCUUGUAAAGGAGUUUGAUAUCAAGUUUCCAUCAUCCUUGGAGGAGAGUCUCCGAUGUAGCGUCUCAUGUUAUGAGACUGGGCUUGAGCUGGUUUCCACUGAAGAAGGUUGCAUUGCAUUCUCCAGACGUCUGGGAAAUGCUCACAAUGAAUUGGGUGUCUUUCUGAUGAAUUCAGCUUCUCGAAUGAUGGGAACAAGAGUGGAAGAAGAGGGAAAAGGUUCCAAUGUUGUUAAGGAUCUACUGGAAGAGAGCAGCAAACUCCUUAUCUCUGGAGUCUCCCUUUUUCAAAGGAUACGUGAUCUACCAAAUGUUGCCCUUCUAUCCUCUAAUCAUGGCCGCCUCAUGCGCAUGAAGGCUCAUUAUGUCAAUCAGUCAGAAGAUGGAUUCUCCCAGCGACAGAAAGAAUGCUACAAUGAAGCUUUGAGGUGGUAUGAAGAUGCUUUGAGUGCAAUUGGGAAGCGGAGCUGUCAGCCCCCAAUCUAUGACUCCAUCACAUGGGAACUGGGCUCAACUCUCUUCACUCUUGCCAGCCUCAUGCUAGAAAAUGCUCCACUUGUUUUCAUGACUUCUGAUGAGGUGGAGAAGGAGGUGGUGCGAUUGCUUCAACGUGCUCUCAAGUUCUGCAAUGAGGAUGACUCAUCUGCAUCUCGAGGUAAAGGAUCCUCUCCCUCGGAAGCCCUACAUCUCUAUCGAGCUGCCUGCAUACAUCAUAAAUUGGCUUCUCUGCAUCAUGGAACCAUAAGGAAGCGGGGCAAGGAGGUAGGGCGGAAGGUGGGAAGCCUGAGACAGCUGGCUGAGAAGCAUUAUGCCUUAGCACUACAUCUCUUCCUUACCCUUGAGCACCCAAAGGAAGCUCUUCUUGUCCUACUUGAGAACAUUCCUCUCAUUGAGUUCUUUGAUCUUGGAGGAAAUGGAACAGAGAAAAUAGUAUUAUCAGCAUUGGGCCUUAUUGCUGGGGAAAGUCCAAAAAUUUUAUCUCUUCUGGAGAAACAUGAGUCACCAGAGACAGGGGAUCAAGACAAUGCUGGAAAAGAGGAGGGGCAGAAGGAGAGCAAGGAAAGAGGGGAAAAAGAGGAUGAGACUGUAGAAGAAGAGGAUGAGUUAAAGAGACUCCUGGGUCUCCUUGUAAAGAAGCUGCAGCAGCUUCUUCUCAGUCUCUCUGGGAUUCACCAUGCCAAGGGAGACAAGAAUACGCAUUUCUGGGGUCCCGUGGCGAACUGGGGAAUUCCUAUUGCUGCCAUCGCGGAUUUCAAGAAAGAUCCUUCCCUCAUCAGUGGAAAGAUGACUUUUGCCCUCUGCUUAUAUUCAGCUCUGUUCAUGAGGUUUGCUUGGAAAGUGCAGCCACGGAACCUCCUUCUCUUUGCGUGCCACAUUACAAACGAAGCAGCUCAGUGUGUCCAGGGUGCUCGUUUCAUCAACUAUGAAUAUCUGAGUGGAAAAGAGCAAUAUCCAAAACACAUCUCUGAAAUUAUGAAGGAAUGACAAGCAAGAUGCUGUUCUAGUCCAAAGAUUUAUUAGUUGCCUCUGUUUCAUGCAAUAUGUUGCUUUCUGACAUUUGAGCAGCUUUGUGUGAGGCCUUUUCAUAGCACUUGGAUUGCAGUUAUGUAAUAGCUACAUCUAGAGUAAUGGAGCUUUUAUUUAGGCAUGGUAGUUCUGUGUGACUAUGAUACCCUUGGGAACAUCUUGUUUUCAUUGCAGUAGCCUGUUUUCGAACAGCAGGAACACAUAUUUCAUGGUUGGUAUUAUCUUGCUAUCCAAGGUUUGAAGAGAUCUGAUGAAUUAGAUGCAAUGGUACAUGAAAUUCCUUACACAUAGCUGCUUUCCACAGCAUUUUAAUUUAGUGCCUUUGAUGCUCUCUUUGUGUGCCCAAGUACAAAUGAGAAUUGAGUUACAAGGGAAAUGUUUUCCUUGAGAGG